UAAAUGUAGUUGUAUUAAAUGAAAAUAUAACAUCUCUUUUACUCGCAUGUUUUUUCUUACACGAUCAUCUUCUUCAGUAUCUUCCUUAAACUGAUCUACGCAAAUCCCAGGAAAACCCCACGUGUCAAAAGAGUAGGAGAUGGAGAUACGGAGAUUGCAUAUUCUUCUUCUUCUUCAAGGGUUUAUGUUGUUAUCUGUGAUUGGGAAUUGUUACGCGAGAUUUGUGGUGGAAAAGAACAGCUUGAGGGUGACUUCACCCGAGAAGAUUAAGGGUACCUAUGACAGUGCAAUUGGCAACUUUGGGAUACCUCAAUAUGGGGGAAGCAUGGCUGGUGCCGUGGUUUACCCUAAGGAGAAUCAAAAGGGUUGUAAAAGUUUUGAUGACUUUGGGAUUUCCUUUAAAUCCAAGCCUGGUGCUCUUCCUACUUUUGUUUUGGUCGAUCGUGGAGAUUGCUUCUUUGCUUUAAAGGUUUGGAAUGUACAGCAAGCUGGUGCUUCUGCAGUGCUUGUUGCUGAUGAUAUUCAAGAAGCAUUAAUAACCAUGGAUACACCUGAAGAGGAUAGGUUAGCUGCCAAAUACAUUGAAAAUAUAACAAUUCCAUCCGCCCUUAUCGAGAAAAAUUUUGGUGAAAUUCUUAAGAAAGCAAUAAGUGGUGGGGAUAUGGUCAAUGUUAAUCUUGAUUGGCGAGAGUCUGUUCCACACCCUGAUGAUCGUGUGGAGUAUGAGCUAUGGACCAACAGCAAUGAUGAGUGUGGAGUUAAAUGUGAUAUGCUGAUGGAAUUUCUGAAGGAUUUCAAGGGUGCUGCACAGAUACUUGAAAAAGGUGGCUAUACUCAAUUCACACCCCAUUAUAUAACUUGGUACUGCCCUCAGGCUUUCUCGCUAAGCAGACAGUGCAAAUCUCAGUGCAUCAACUACGGAAGAUACUGUGCACCUGAUCCCGAACAAGAUUUUAGCUCUGGCUAUGAGGGGAAAGAUGUAGUUAUUGAAAAUUUGAGACAGCUAUGUGUUUUCAAAGUGGCAAAUGAGACCAAUAAGCCUUGGUUGUGGUGGGACUAUGUGACAGAUUUUCAGAUAAGAUGCCCCAUGAAGGAGAAAAAAUAUAACAAGGAAUGCGCAGAUGUUGUUAUCAGAGCUCUCGGGCUUGAUGGUAAAAAGAUUGAGAAGUGCAUGGGAGACCCUAAUGCUGAUGAAGAUAAUCCUGUUCUGAAAGAAGAGCAAGAAGCCCAAGUGGGAAAAGGAUCUAGGGGUGAUGUUACCAUACUGCCUACGCUUGUUGUUAACGAUCGCCAAUAUCGAGGAAAGCUGGCCAAAGGUGCUGUUCUGAAGGCCAUCUGUGCUGGUUUCGAGGAGACUACUGAACCAGCCGUUUGCUUGAGCGGUGAUGUGGAGACAAAUGAAUGCUUGGAUAACAACGGUGGUUGUUGGCAAGAUAAAGCAACCAAUCUCACAGCCUGCAAGGAUACAUUUCGCGGGAGAGUCUGUGAAUGUCCCUUGGUUGAUGGUGUACAGUUUAAAGGAGACGGUUACAGUCACUGUGAAGCUAGUGGGUCUGGAAGGUGCAAAAUUAAUAAUGGAGGUUGUUGGCAUGAAGCACGAGAUGGACAUGCAUACUCCGCUUGUUUGGAUGAUGGAAAUGGGAAAUGCCAGUGUCCUCCAGGGUUUAAAGGUGAUGGUGUCAAAAAUUGUGAAGAUAUUGACGAGUGCAAAGAGAAGAAAGCCUGCCAGUGCCCUGAAUGUAGCUGCAAAAAUACUUGGGGAAGCUAUGAAUGCACUUGCAGUGGAGAUCUUUUGUAUAUCCGGGACCAUGAUACCUGCAUAAGUAAGAGCGGUACCGAAGUAAGAUCAUCAUGGGCAGCCGUUUGGGUCAUUUUAAUCGGCUUGGCAAUGGCCAGUGGUGGGGCUUAUCUCAUUUACAAAUAUAGAUUAAGGUCAUACAUGGACUCUGAAAUCCGAGCUAUAAUGGCACAGUACAUGCCACUGGAUAGUCAAGCGGAAGUACCAAACCAUGUAAGCGAUGGUCGAGCAUGAAGACAAAAAAACUCCAGUAUUUGCAGGGAGUAGUGUUGUGGUUCUUCUUGUCAUACAUUGAUUCAAUUGGAUUUGGAGCAAGGAUUUUAUUGAUAUGUAAAAUAUAUGGAGCAAUAAAGGAAUACAGAAUAGAAA